AUGGCAAGACUGGCUAAUGAUGCCGGUGAGACGUGUGGCAAUGUACCAAGUCCACGGUCCGACUCUGGAAAUGAUCAUGCAUACUAUGGACUCGGGACAAGGGUAGUAGAAUGGUCCCACAAUGAUAUAAGUAGAACUGAUGUUACCAUUCAAUUUCACAUAGCCUUGCUUUCCCAAAAGUUGUUCUCCUCCCGGCUGGAGUGGACUGAAGUUUCGACCUCGCCUCGUUCUUAUCAACACCCCCAGCGGGAGUCGAACCGUGUUAGUGCAGAAUGUGAGCUCGACGCGUUAACCACUCGGCCACAUUGCCUUGAGCGUUAUUGUGUCACAGGGCAGGUGUGA